UGGUUACAAAAGAAAAUGGCCUAAGCUAAGACAAAUCAAGCUUAGCCAGUAACCUGUUUUUAGUGUCACCGGUAACUUCAUUGCCCAUUAUUUGAUUCUUCACCGUAUGGUCUGAUCUGAUUGAAUUCCCAAGACUCUCAGAGCUCUGCUCAGCUAGCUUCAUCCUUCAGGAAUGAAGUUCCUCUUCCUCUUCAGCUUUCUCUGUUUCUGCCUCGGCCUUCUCAGCCAGAGGGUAUCAUCACAAGACCAUGCUAGCACCCCACCCAGAGGUUGGAACUCAUAUGACUCUUUUAUCUGGACUAUUUCGGAGGAAGAGUUCUUGCAAAGUUCCGACAUCAUAUCUAAGCAGCUUCUUCCUCAUGGAUAUGAGUACGCCGUUGUGGAUUACCUGUGGUAUAGGAGAAAAGUUCCAGGUGCUUACGUCGAUUCUCUUGGGUUUGAUGUAAUUGAUGAAUGGGGGAGACCGAUACCUGACCCAGAUAGGUGGCCUUCCUCCAAAGGUGGGAAAGGGUUCACUGAAGUGGCAGCAAAAGUACAUAGCCUGGGUUUGAAAUUUGGGAUUCAUGUUAUGAGAGGAAUAAGUACACAGGCAGUAAAUGCAAAUACUCCUAUCUUGGACACCGCCAAGGGGACUGCUUAUGAAGAGUCUGGAAGAAAAUGGACUGCACAAGAUAUCGGGAUCAAGGAAAGAACUUGUGCAUGGAUGAAUAAUGGUUUCAUGAGUGUGAAUACCGAAUUGGGUGCUGGAAAGGCCUUCUUGAGGUCACUCUAUCAGCAGUAUGCUGAAUGGGGUGUUGAUUUUGUGAAAAAUGACUGUGUGUUUGGUGAAGACAUAGAUGUACCCGAAAUAAGCUUUGUGUCAGAGGUUCUGAAGCAACUUGACCGUCCUAUACUGUAUUCUCUAUCUCCUGGAACCAGAGCAACUCCUACAAUGGCCAAGGAUAUAAGUGGGUUAGUUAACAUGUACCGUAUAACUGGAGAUGAUUGGGAUUCAUGGGGAGAUGUUUUAGCUCAUUUUGAUGUUUCCAGGGAUUUUGCUGCUGCUAAUAUGAUAGGAGCAAACGGCUUACUGGGGAAGUCAUGGCCUGACUUAGAUAUGCUACCCCUGGGAUGGCUUAGCAAUGCAGGUUCAAAUGAUGGUCCACACAGAUAUACUAACCUCGGUUUAAGGGAGCAAAGAACACAGAUGACUUUGUGGUCUAUGGCCAAAUCUCCUCUCAUGUUUGGAGGAGAUGUGAGAAAGCUGGAUGAUACCACAUACGGUCUCAUCACAAAUCCAACCUUGCUGGAGAUAAAUUCUUUUAGCUCAAAUAAUAAGGAGUUUCCAUACGUUUCAAGUAAUUUGAGUGCAAGGGCUUUUAAAAAUAAUGAUCUGGUACACACCUGGCAAGCAAGAAGACAUCUGACAGAUACAAGAAGUUCAGACACACAUGUUCUUGGUCUCACUACCUGUGCAGAUGUGAAAGCAAUGGGUUGGUCUAUUCAAGCUGUUGACCAAGAUCCUGAACACAUCUGCUGGAAGGAAAACUCAAGGAGCAAACGUCGGGCACCUUUUUGCCUAAACAAGAGAGAAUCUCUUUUGGCAUUAGAUGAAGACAUAAUUGACAAACAGAAAUAUCAGGGGAAGGUCAAUUUAUUAGCAAGUGACAAAAUGGACCUUUGCUUGCAUGCUUCCCCUAAACGAAAGCUUACUUCGAAGGAGCUUAAGAGAGGGUUCUUUUCACCUUGUAGAUGGGACGCGAACCAGAUGUGGGAGUUGAACUCCAAUGGAACCUUGGUGAACAGUUAUUCUGGGCUAUGUGCAACAAUAAAUUCUGUUGAAGCUAAAGCCAAUUCUCAAGGAGUUCGCUCCUGGAUUGCAACUGGAAAAAAAGGACAAAUAUAUGUUGCCUUUUUCAAUCUGAACGAUGAUUGGGCUACUAUAACUGCACAAAAAUCAGACUUGGCCAAGGAACUUCCUGGUACAAAAUUGAGUGGAGGUUCCUGCAAAGGCACAGAAGCAUGGAGCGGACAAGACCUAGGGAUUAUAGGCCAGACAAUUUCAUUUUCUGUCAUACCGCACGGGGCUGCAGUAAUUGUCCUGCAGUGCACUUAGAGUGCAGUCAGUAUAAACCAAAGCAUUUUGGGGCUGUCGUUCUGCCUAAUGUCCUUCAUCUUCUUUCUUUUUCUACUAGUAAAAGGGAAAAGGGAGUGGCUCAUGCUGUAACCUGUGUGAUAUGUAGUCCUCAAGGAAGGCAAAAGGUCCUGCAAUGAUAUUUCUGUUCCAUAGCCUGCCUUUAACAAUUAAUGAGAAGAAGACAAAAAAGAUAAUAAGAUUAUGGUUUUGACCUUA